GAUCUCGCGCUCGUUUCUACCCGGGUCCAGUUGGCGGCGGACGCACUAGCGAAAGCUCAGAAACAUGGAGGCGGGGGACGCGGGGCCUGCUGAACCGUCCUCUCGGCCGGAGGCCUCGGUGUCUGCCGAUGACCGGCUUUUCCUGGUUAAAGGUGGAAUUUUCCUGGGUUCUGUUGCUGCAGCAGGAAUGCUAGCUGGAUUUGCCACAACAUUGUCUUUGGCUAAAAAGAAAAGUCCUGAGUGGUUCAAUAAGGGAAGUAUGGCCACAGCUGCCUUACCAGAGAGCGGGUCUUCCCUGGCCUUGCGAGCCCUGGGAUGGGGCUCACUUUAUGCCUGGUGUGGGGUCGGUGUGAUCAGCUUCGCAGUCUGGAAGGCUUUAGGAGUGCACAGUAUGAAAGACUUUCGAAAUAAAAUGCAGUCGAUAUUUCCAGCAAUUCCCAAGAACUCUGAGUCGGCCGUUGAGUGGGAGGAAGCACUGAGAUCCAAAUGAGAGGAGCACGGUGGAUGAAGUCUGGACGAGUGCUACAGGGAAGGCUGGCUUUGGAGCUGCCGCAGCCCCGAAGGGACUCUAGUCAGCUCUCCUCAGGAACACGCAGUCGCUGACUGAGCCUCUGGGAUGGACGGCGUUCAGCGUCCUCACAGAAGCCUGCCGUCAUGACUGGGUGCUGCUCCUUUACAGCUGAUCUGGUUACGUUCACAGGAGGGGGAGGGGGUUAGGGUUAGCAAAGUUGAAAAAGUUAGGAAGACUCUUUAAAAAUAAUCACAUGGGUACCUUCUCUAGGUGAAGGAAAUCCCAGGGGAAUUACUUCCAUGCCUAUAAAAGUUGAAAGCCACAUUUUCUACCUGAAAAAAAUAAUUAUGUAUGAUGGAAAAUCUUUAUAAACAGACAGUGGUACCUCAGUGUUUCUAGUUAAAUAAGUUUUAGCAGCCUUGCUUGUCAGCAUGUGGCUGUCAGAGCGCGGAGGACUCGCUCCUGGAAGAGCCCCGCCCUUCAGGCAGUGGAGUGGCGCUGCUGCCCUGGACGCGCUCUGUGGUGUGUGUGCUGGGUAUCACUUUAAGGCCCUGUAAACCUGUACGUUCUUAGAUAAGCCACCAGUAACAGACUGUGAUAACCUGAAAGGAUAAUCAUGCAAAAACAAUGAUACUAUGCGUGUAAAAUGUCCUUUUUUGACAAGUUGAUUCUGGGUCCCUAAACAUUGCCUGACAGUUUGUAGUUUUAUCUCAGUUGUCAAUAUUAAAAUAGACCAAUUAUCACCUAUCUUAACAAGUAUUUUUAACCAGAAAUGUACCUGCCUGAGUAUUGAGUCUCCAGGUGAAUUAAAAUUUUUUAAAGAAACGUUUACUAUGUCACUAUGUCCAGAAAAAUAACCUCUGGUUGAAUAUCAUUGUGUAUUUUCUUUAUAAUUGCUUAGGCUCUAAUUAGCAAUCAGUUUAAUAAAGUACAUUUGAAAUUUA